GAGAGAGAGAGAGAGAGAGAGAGAGAGAACUACCUUAGUUGCUUUAGUCGUAGAGGUUUGUUUACAUUUUUCCCCCUUCUGUGAUAAGCGUUAGUGCAGGAGCUAGGCGAAAAUAGGACAAAUUUGUUUUGCCUUUUCAGUUACAUACACAUGCAUACUUUAUGCAUGAAAAUAUAUGAAAUAACAGCAAAAGUUUACUUAGUGUUUUUGCCUUGGACACAUGUUUUUGGCUAAUGGUGGUAAAUGGUGGAGGAGGAGGGAGGGAGAAGAGGAUGUAUGUAGGCACCAUUCACACAUAAAUAUUCAACAUAAAUUAAAACUGCACUUCCUUUAGAUAAAAAAGAAAAAAAGAAAAAGAAAAAAAAAGUCAGUUAAUAGUGUGAAUAUGAUGAAAGAAUAAUCACAAUGCAUGAGAUGCACAGGAAAUAUAUAGAUACUAGCUCAGCUGAGGCUGGACUGAUGUGCUGAGCUGCUGACUACUGCACCAACAUCCCCAAAUGUGACUUGUAUCUCAAAAUAAAAAAAUGACCAAAUCAUAGCUUGUAUCUCAAAAAAUGUGUAUUUCAGGCACCUCAUAUCUCAAGGCACCACUGUAUUUGGAAAAGAAGUUGAAUGUCCUGUUUUUAUCUACACCAGGAAAGAAGAGUAAGGAGGAGCUACAGGAGGAGAAAGAGCUGCAGUUGGCCAUUGCCCUCUCCCAAUCCGAGGCAAAAAACAAAGAGAAAGUUACUGAUGUUGGAGGUGUCCGACGUGCUGCUCUCCGCUCCGCAAUCUUCCCCAUCUCGCCGACCCAGACGUCUUCCCCUGGCAUACUUAUACCUGUGUUGCCACCUGAGCAUCUACUGAGCCAUACCUUCUGGUGAUUGAUGGCGAUGAUCCUGGUGUCCUUCCUGAGUCUGGAAGAUGUAACCUAGAAACUGAUGAACCAGUUGAACCUCUACCAUCAAUCAGCAAAGCAAGUCCUCACAGCAAAGCUGAUGGUAAACUCGAUACUAAAAUUACUGACACCAUCCUCUACAUGGUCUGCAAGGAUGGUUUGCCGCUCUCUGCCAUCGAGAGUGAAGGCUUAAAGCUGCUUCUUAAGACAACAGCUCCACUCUAUCAAGUGCCUGGCAGAAAAAAGCUAACAAGUCUACUAGAAAAAAAGGACAUCUCAUUGAGGGAAGUGGUCAAACAACAGCUGACACAGGCAGUGUGGGUGUCAAUUACUACGGACUUGGCAUCGGUGACACCCAAAGGGUACCUAGUUGUCACUGGGCACUUUAUUGAAUCUGGAUAUCCCAGAAACGUUUGCCUUGGUGUUGCGGAGCUAACACCCACUCACACAGGUGAGCACUUAGCCAACGAUUUGACAUUUGUUUUGGAUUCGUGGAACCUUGAGACAAGAAAAAUCUGCUCCAUCACCACAGAUGGCGGAGCGAACAUCAUUGGUGCCGUCCGGAAAAUUAUGGGUGGCGAACGUAGCCACGUGCCUUGCAUGGCUCAUCUAAUCAAUCUUUGUGUCCACCAGGCGCUGUCAAAGUCAGAGAAGGUCACAUCUGUCAUUGAAAAGGUGAAGCUCAUCGUAGCAUAUUUCCAAAGAAAUAUCAGUGCAUCAGAUGCACUACAUGCAGCACAGUAUAAGACAGGGGUGUUGGUGCCAUUGGAACUGAUCCAGGCAGUAUACACCCGAUGGAAUAGCACAUUUUACUCACUGGAACGCUUCACCCAGCUGGCAAGAUGUGUGAGCCAGGUUUUGCUCUCAGGGUGCCACCGGACUGCUCCUGCGAUGCUGACAACAGAGGAACUAGCUAUUGUCACUGAUCUAGUGGUGGUGCUCAGUCCUUUUGAGGAUGCCACCAACGAGGUCUCUGGUGACAAGUAUAUGACCGCCAGCACAGUUCUUCCAAUCGUGAACUGUCUUCAUAAUACCGUUGCAGAGGCAUCUUUUGUCAAUGAGGAUAUCAUGGCCCUCAAUGAUGCUCUGCUGGACCAGAUUGUGUGGAGGCUUCUCCCACUGGAGGACAACUACCUACUCGCGUCAGCUACAAUAUUGGAUCCUCGUUUCAAAAUGGUUCAUUUUAGGUCUCCCAUGAGAAGCAGUAAAGUUUUGCAGUGGAUUUCCCGGGAGAUGCGAGCAGUUGUCAACGGCAAUCCUUAUGAGGACAGCAACACCCAGCAGAGAAAAGUUGAGAGGCCUUGCGUGUUUGGUUCUUUGUGGAACAUUCAUGAUCGGUUAACAAAACAGGAAGCUGCGGCAGUAGAACUACCAGGAUCAUCAGAUGAGCUGCAUCCUGAACUGAAACUCUACUUGAAGAUGCCCAAGGUGGAUCGAACACAGUGCCCAUUAAAGUUGUGGUUGGACCUCGAAAAAUCUUUUCCAAUUUUAGCUCGUCUUGCAUUUAAGUACUUAACAGUAAUGGGCUCAUCAGUUGCUUCAGACAGCGUUGUAUCCCACCUGAACACGACUGCAAGUGACGUAAGGAAUAGAUUGUCACCAGCACAUAUUAACAUGCUGGUAUUUAUGAGUUCACUGGAUUACAAUACAUGGUUCAGUGAAAUCUAAAUUUGAACUCUUUGUAGUAGUGGCCUAUGUCCAAAUAUUUAUAUUAUAUUUAUGUAUAGUCACAUAUUCAUAUUAUUAUUGUUAUAUUAUAUUGUAUGUUCAUAGCAUCUUGUAUAUUUAUUUGUUUAUUAUUAUUGAUAUUACGUUAUAUUGUAUUAUCAGGUUAUUUUGUAUAUUUGGUAAAUCUUACCAAUAGCACCUUCUUAAAUAUCUAAAAAAUACCUCCCCCUUCCCCUUCAGCAAGCUUAGGGACACGUUGGAAAUCGGGGAUUUGGGGGGAGACAAAUUUAGCAAAAUUUUCCCCCCAGAAAAAGUUUAUGGACCUCCUUAGUGUAAACUAGCUUGGGGGGGGGCUGUGCCCAUCUAGGGUCUUUACCCUAACCUAUACAUUUUCUAGCAGGGAGGGCUGUUCCCCCAAGAUGUCCCACCUUGACUAGCCAGGAGGGCUGCACCCCCUUUGACCCUUCCUUCAGACUAGAGUGGGGGCUGUGCCCCCCUGGAUCCCCCAUCUAGACUAGAAGGGGGGCUGCACCUCCCAGCCCCCUUCCUGGUUGCUAACUAAACCCUAAACACAACUUAAUCUAAGUUAAUUUUAAGUCAUGUACAAAAUGUAGCGAAGCAUUGGCAACGCUGCACACCAAUAACAGCACGUAGGCUUACCACAGCUGCUCCCUCGUAACAGGUUAACAUGACACUGCGUGCUGCCCCCCUUCAAGGAAAUAUUAUUCACAAAUUGAAAAGCAAAAUCAACUCUUAAUGCACAUACAGUCAAAUUCUUGUGUAUUCCAUUGUAGCGAUGAUAGAACUAAAAAUAAACCCUGAACUCGCAAUCUGAACAGUGGGCAGGUGUCCAUGGUGAAAGCAACUUACCAACUGGUAGAAGCUGACGUGUUUUGCCCUCUUUCAUGAGAAACAAAUGCAAUACUAUAUAAGUAACUCUUAGCAUGACAGGCUCUCAUUGGAUGUCCUUUAGACAAAGGUCUGUGAUUGGUUUUAGCCUGAUAUGCCAUUUAACUAAUUAUUGGCAUGGCGGGCUCUCAUUGGAUGCCCGUGACACGUGAUUUAUAGACACCACAAAUCCCACAGGACCCACCAUGCCUUAUUAAUGUAAACAGCCACAAGAGGUAGAGAAAGAAUAAUGUGGAAUACUGCUUGCUGAGCAUCUACCAAACUUAGAAAGCCUGUGUAGGACACAUUAAGACCAACUGCCAAAUAAAACCACAAAAAAUGUGUUGGGCAUAAACUACUUCAUCUCUAAAUUUCAGUAUUUUGCUGCUUCGUUAGGAGGUCCCAUUGGUAAAAUUUAGUAUAUUUAUAUGUAUAUAUGUAUUUUAUAGACAUUAUGCUUAUAUGCUUGGCAUUAUGGGAGUAUGUUUCCUGCAUAUGCCUCACAGAUUUGGUGUCCGUCCCCUUUCAGUUCAGUCGCUGGCUGGUUGUAUUAUAUGCACCACUGCACACUCACUUUGUCUCAGCCUUUGUUCUCUGUAUUUCUCUUGUGGCAUUGUACUGCUGUUGGUUACAAGUGUAUUUGCAUUACCCGUUGGACUACUUAGUGCUACCUGCUGUGCUACACAGACAUCUACAUGUCAGUGAGUGAAUCCUUUCUGGCCUCAGUGGGUAUCUCCAUCCAUUACAUAAGGUGGCCAGCAGGCAUUCCUACGCUUCAUCUUGACCAUUCUACCCCUAUACUACCUGAACUCCAUGUCUAUGCAACUUCUGCUGCUACAGUGUACUGCCUUGUAUCAGCAUGUUGUUUCUGUGAGCUAUUUAGGUGCCUUUGUGGUGAUGCAACAUGCCUCAAACCAUGCAACCCCUGCUCAGCCCACACUCCACCCAGCCUACUGCUGCUGGCCUGGUUUGCACAGCCUUCUCUAUGGCUGCCAUUGAUGCUAUGCUUUCUGUUUAUUGCUGUUAUGUUGUGGUGCCUUCUGCAUAGUGGACUCGCCUUGCCUACCCACCACGCAUAGAUCCCACCACAGCCCCACACAUCGAUUCUUCUUUGCAUGGUUGCCAGAGUGCCUGUCCACCAGCUUAGGGGAAUGUGGUCUGAAUCCAUACCACAGAUUACGUGAGUUAUAUUUAACAUAUAUUCACGUUUCAUAUUUUCCUGUGUAAUUUUUUUUUAGUGUUGUUGGCUGGUGCUUUCCUGCCAUUUGCAGCAUAAGAGAUGCCAUUUUGCCUACACAUUUUGUGUCCUGCCUUCUGGUUGGCUGUAGCCUGCUGUCUGGCUUCCUAUUCAUCCUCAGAAACUUACCUCUUCUCUUACUGGCGCAUUCACUUGCUGAGUCCAUGACAGCUUCUGCUACUGGACUGUUGUCCAUCACAAGAUCAACAGUGCCUCUACCAUGUAUCAUGUAUCUAUUUUAUUACUGAUUUAUUUCUCUAAUGAUUUUUGCAUUGUGCAUUGUUUCUAUUGUGUUUAUUUUGCAAAUUUUUGCUGUUGCCUGAAGUUUAUAGCCUAUACACUCAAUCUUUUUCCACAUUUCGGUGAGUUAAGAGUUAACAUUGUUUUCUGUCCUGUGUUUUUGUUUUACAUAAUACUAUUAGCCUAAUUUAUCAUAAAAUGGCUUAUUUUUGUCAUUCAAGUGCAUUGACUUUCAUUUAGUGUGUGUUUUUUUUAGUGUUACUAUUGUUUAUUUUGUGUAUUUACCUAGUUAUACAUAUUUACCUAGUUGUAUUGCUCAGGGUUCGAGCAAGGCUCACAGUGUCCUGUCUCCAUGUCUCCAUUUAUCCAAUUUUUCCUUAACCCACGCAGUGCCAUCGCCGUAAAUUUACUGCAUCUAACAUAACCGCAGUCAGUGCCACUGCCGUAGAUUCAGGAGUAGUAACCUAAAAAAGUUUCUAGCAUGUCUAUUUGUUAAAAUAACAUUAUAAAAAUCACAGUACAUGUACUCCAAACUCCACCCUAGGCAUUGAAUGUGUUAGUUUGUUGGUACACUCCUUGAGUGGCCCCAGCGGUGAUCACAUCAGAGCGUGUAUAACCACCAUAGGAAGCGGUCAUGGCGCACCGCCAUGGGUUGAGUGAUGACCAGUUUUUUCUCUUGAGUUACUUGCCUUUGAUAAUGGGGCCGCCAUGGUGCAGUGGGACCACGCGCUCUUUGUGGGCCCCGUGGUUCUCAAGCUCACGGGUUCGAAUCCUGGCCACAGUCCAAGGUUAGGAAGGGCAUCCACUCAGGGUAACGGUUCCCAAAUGGAACUGGACGUAAACUGAAAAAAAAACUUACCUUUGAUAAUGAUGAAAUGUUAUCAGACAUGACUGAAAAUAUGGAAACACAUAUGAGGAAGCGGUAGUGCGGUAAAAAUUUACCAACCACUACUAACAUACAAAUAGCCUACCUAAGAGUGAUGAUUUUUUUCUUUUUAUACUUUUCACUUUCUAAGACAACUUUUUGCAUGCAUUCAUUAUUUUUACAUGAUUUAGAAUUUUUAAUGCAUAAAAAGGAUAUGCAAAAUUGGCUGGCACCACAGGUUGGUUUAGGAUUAAAGUGGCCAGCAGUGCACGGGUUAAAGUUAUGCACAUUAUGUGUUGUAACAACUUCAUCAUUCAAUGCAUUCCACUUCUCCACCGUUCUAU